GUCCCAACUGAACCAUAAAGCGAAUCACUUUACAUAAAAGAAAGUCUCAUCCAGGGAUAUUUCUUCUUUGAUUAUGUUAUAUACAACUAGAUUUGAUGAGAAAUCGUUGUUAUCUUUUAUAAAGUGGUGCAACACCAAAAAAGUUUUAUACAUGAACCAAGAACAGGAACGAAAAGCAUUGAAGGAUCAAAACGGUUCAAAGGUUCGAUAUCGAGUCUUAUGGACAUUAAAAGAUGAAUAUUUGAAUGGUAUUGCUUAUCAAUCACGGAGCAUCUGCCAAAGUACCAGGCAUACGUCAAGAACCUCAAGAAAAACAACUUCACAGUUGUUGUGAACAUAUAUGAAUUCAUAUGUAUAGAUCAAUAAAUGAUGAUCAUGGCAAAAGACCAGAUCACAUAUAUGGCAAUUGCAAUGGAUCUAUAGUCACUGGCAUUUACUCAUUCUGCUAGAAGUACUACAUCAUCCUCAUAGUCAGAGAUUAUGAACCUAGUGACUCUGUUAUUAUU